GAAAAUUGUGCGCGUGUGGAUUGUAAACAUAAAAAUUAUCAAGCUGCCAAAAUAACUCAGCAAAAAUAAACCAAAAGUGAAUCAAAAAGGAUACAAAAAAAGUGAACCAAAAUUUAAGGAUAAUCAAUAAGAAUUAAAAAUUGUACGGAUACCAAAACCACAGUGAAUAUUAACACAAAAUAGCGUGGAAGUUAAAAAAUUAAAAUUAUAAAAAUAAAAUUUGGCAAUAGAACACAAAUCGCUGCUGGAGUGGAAUUGCGGAACUAAUAAAAAAAAACACACCAGCAAAUUUAUCAGAAAUCGCAAAAAUUAUUUUCAUUUUGAACUCGUCGACAUAAAAACAAAUUCAUUGUGGCGCUGCAUUCGACUGAAGCCCUAAUGGCGGGCUUUCUUAAAUCAACUGAUCUCGGUGGUCAUCCACACAGUUAUGGUGCACCACAUCAUCCACAUCACAGUCAUGGUCCACCAUUACCGCCAGGAAUGCCAAUGUCGAUGGCACCAUUUGGUUUACCUCAUGGUCUCGAUGCCGUUGGGUUCCCUCAUCAAGGUAUGUGGGGCGUAAAUCCAAGAAAGCAACGUAGAGAGAGAACAACAUUCACAAGAGCUCAACUCGAUGUACUCGAGUCACUGUUUGGCAAGACUAGAUAUCCAGAUAUUUUCAUGAGAGAAGAAGUUGCACUAAAAAUUAAUUUGCCGGAAUCGAGAGUUCAGGUAUGGUUCAAGAACCGCAGAGCCAAGUGUCGACAACAAUUGCAACAUCAAACCUCGUCAGCAACAUCGAAUCUCAAUAGUUCAAAAACAACAUCGGGUUCAUCAAAUCGCAACGCUAAUUCCACCUCAACGUCGUCGUCAUCAUCAAGUAAAACAACAAAUACGACGAGUAAUUCAACAAACAACUCAACAGGCGUUACAAAAUCGUCACAUAUAAAAGUGACACCAACGCACGCACUGUCAGCAAAUGCAAAUAAUUCUGGCAAUUCUAAUAAUAAUAACAAUAAUAAUAAUAAUAAUUCAUCAAAUAGCUCGAAUGCAACGUCGAAUGCUAUCAAUAAUAGUUUAGGUGCUUUAAGCACAGGAAAUCAUCAUAGUACAUCAUCGCCUAUAUUACCAAUAACACCAUCGACGUCUGUGAGUCCACCAAUUAAUGUCAUAUGCAAGAAAGAGCUGCCAUAUCAUCAUCAGAAUGGUCUUGGUAAUCAAAACAUUAAUAAUGGUACGAUGGAUAUAAAACCAGGCUCAGGUGGAUCAUCUGGAUAUGAUAGUCUCAAGGAUAGUGAUUUGGGCAUUUCAUCUGUACAUCAUGCAUCAUAUCUUAAUAUAAAUUCACGAUUGAGUCAAACUGGCGGAAAUUUAACACCACUCGGCUCAAACUCAUCAAUCAUGACAACACCAUCGCCACCUAUAACACCACAGGCGAGCGGUCCAUUAUCAUAUGUACCGAAUCAUGAGUCCUACAAUUUCUGGCAUAAUCAAUACAAUCAGUACAAUCCGAAUAAUUACAAUACACCAUCAUACUAUACGCAAAUGGAUUAUUUUAAUAAUCAAAGCCAAUCUGGUUACAAUAUGAGUCAUUCUGGCUAUUCAACAUCGAAUUUUGGCCUCUCUGGUGGUGCAAUGAGUGGCGCAAUGGCUUCACAAACAUUCUCGCCUGAAUACAUGACACAGCAAGAUAAAUAUGUGAAUAUGGUAUAGGAUUAGGAUUAAAUGUGUUAAUAAUCAUUUUUCGAUAUUCAUAAAAUUGAUAAUCAUUAUGAUAAUUUUUUCUAUGUUCUCAUCAUAUCGUCUUCGUUUUUAAUGUUUUAUUGAUGCUGCUUGGUUAUAUUGAGAUUUUAAAGAAUCUAUGGAUAUUUUAAGUUAAGAAAUGCUUAAUGCUGAGCUAGUUUUUGUUCCACAGAUGAACAAAGUUGAGGUUAAUUUGUAUUAGGAGGUUGAGGGAGAAGUUUGAGGGUUGGUUGUUGAAUUUUUAUGGAUUUUUUUAUAUUUUUUCGAGAAAUAAGCUUUAAAAAGACCCACAACAAAGCUAUGGUACCCCAAAAGUAUUAUGUAGAUAAGCCAAUGCAAAAAUAUAUUUUUAUUGCUCAGAAAAUUCAUAAAAACUCAAAUCAUACUCCAAUGACCUCCAAAUACUCUCCAACAUACCAAUUCAUAUCAUUUCCAUUUACACCUAAAUUUGCAGCCACGCAGAUGGAAUGUAAUAAAAACUGUGAAGAGUUAAAAGCUUAACGAUGAGUGACAACGAAUAAAAAACCACACGAUAAUUAAAUUAAAUUGAAUUUGUAUAAAAAAAUGAAGAUAAAAGAAAUUUUAAUUAAGUUAAAA